AGCUUCACUUUCCUGCCUUGUACAGAGUGAGCGCACGCCAGGCGUGAGGCUCCCUGCUCCUCCCCUCUCCUGCUCAGGCGUUUCUGCAGGGCUCCCAUCCGGAGAUUGACAGACUCCAGAGGACUCAAGUGGAAUAGACGCACUCCAACCUUCCUGCUUGCUGGGAAAGACUAAUGCGAUGCAUAUUUAUUGAUCAGCUGUGUGGGAUUCUCCGCUUUUGUUUUUUAUUAUUUGCUUCCAUUGGAAUAGGAAAUAGCAGAUCCGACUCAACAUCCAGACACGCAAACAGAAGGACCAACAUAUGGAGAGUAGUGGGCACUGCAGCAUGAACACAACAACUGGACCUCUCUUCUCCCUGGUUACGAAGAGCAAGUGAGAAAAUAAUAGUCAGCGCUGUCCACCAAGCUUGUGGGUGGAUGCGGCCAGCAGACUGCAGACUGCUUUUACGGAGCAAGGAGACUGUGAGGAAGCAGCGUGAGCUGUGAUGAUGAUCCAUAAAUGGAGCGUUACCUUGGAGGAGACUCGUUUUGCUUAGUUCAUGCCAAGAUCCUUUUUUAUUAAUUUGAUUCAGAAGGAACAGUUUUUCCACUGAUGCUUAGGUUCAGCCUCCCUUGCAGGCUUUCUUUCUAGAUGAAUGUGCAGCUUGUUCCUAGGAGGAUGGAGGACUGCUUGAGGACCAGCUUUUUGGUACUGAUGAUAUUGUAUUUGGUUCCAAGCAGAGUUGACACAGCCAACAGCGUUAACCCCAGAAUACGGCUCUCACACAAAGAACUUUGGCAGCUGAACAGGACAUGGGUGUUCCAGGGCAAUGGAGUGCCUCUUCAGCCCCAGGCCAUGCUGCUGGACGAAGGCCAUGAGAGGCUUUAUAUCGGGGCCAAGAAUGCUCUUUUCUCCCUCAGCCUGGACCAGGUUAACACGCACCACAGAGAGAUCCAGUGGGCCAGUACUGAACCCCAAAUAGAAGAAUGCUUGAUGAAGGGCCGGGAAAAACUGGAAUGCGCAAACUACAUCAAGGUUUUGCAGCAGUACAACCAGACCCAUCUCUUGGUCUGUGGGACGGCAUCAUUCAACCCCAUAUGCGCCUUGGUACACGUUGGAAACUCAGGGAAGGACAGGCUGUUUACUCUGCAAGAGGAGAGCCUUACGAGCGGUAAAGGACGAUGUCCGUUUAACCACAAUAGUCCCUGCACCUCUACACUCUCAGGUGGAGAAUUAUACGUCGGCCUCUACACGGACUACUGGGAGAACGAUGCUGCCGUGUGUCGCCUCAACAACCGCACAUACACACGCACUGAGAGGGAUGACAGGCAGCAGCUCAACGAACCGAGAUUUGUCGGCUCAGCGGUUAUUCCUGAUAACGACGACAAAGAUGAUGACAAAGUUUACUUCUUCUUCACUGAACGUGAGGUGGGUGCAGAGGGUGUCAACAAGGCAGUCUACACCCGCGUCGGACGAGUCUGUGCGAAUGAUCAAGGAGGACAAAGGAUGCUGGUGAACAGAUGGAGCUCUUUUCUGAAAACUCGACUCAUUUGCUCUGUGGCUGGACCUGACGGCAUUGACACUCACUUUGAUUUACUCGAGGACGUCUAUGUGUUGAAGAACAAAGAUGGGAAAAACCCAGAAAUCUUUGGCCUUUUUAGCACAACAAGUGCGGUGUUUAAAGGCUAUGCAGUGUGUGUCUAUCACAUGGACGACAUCCGAGCAGCGUUUAAUGGCCCCUUUGCCUUCAGAGAGAGACCUGAGCAUCACUGGACACCUUCUGAGGAUAGAGUGCCCUACCCACGGCCUGGAUCUUGCGCCAGCAAAGUCAACGGCGGCGGCUUUUCAAGCUCCAAGGAGUUCCCAGAUGAGGUUUUGCGCUUUGUGCGCGCUCACCCCAUGAUGUAUCGUCCAGUUCUUCCACAACAUCGCAGGCCGGUUUUCCUGCAAACAGAGCCGAGCCCGAGAAAGUUGACUCAGAUUGCGGUGGACAGAGUUCAAGCCCAGGAUGGACACUACCAUGUUCUCUACAUUGGGACAGAUGACGCGCUGGUGCUCAAAGUGAUCACAAUCUACAACAAAGACGCUGACACAAUGGAAGAAGUGCUGCUGGAGGAGCUGCAAGUGUUUGAGGUUCCAGCACCAAUAAAAGAGCUUAUUAUAUCACCAAAACGGCAACAGUUGUACGUGGGCUCGGACGUGGGCGUGGCCCAGGUUAAAUUGCACCAGUGCGCCCUCUACGGCUCUGAAUGCGCCGACUGUUGUCUUGCUCGAGACCCCUACUGCGCUUGGGAUGGUUUCGCCUGCUCCAGCUACUACCCAACUGGAGUCUACACCAAAAGCAGACGAUUCAGGCGACAGGAUAUUCGCCACGGCAACGCCGUCCAGCUGUGCAAUGGCCUGCAAAUUGAUGAUGAGCAAUGGCAUAAAUCCGAGGAAAAGACGGUGUUUGGCGUGGAGGGUAACAGCACGUUGCUCAGCUGCGUCCCUCGAUCACUUCAUGCCAAGGUGCUCUGGUUCCUACAAAAUGGAGACGACAAAAAACAGGUUCACGAGGACGAGCGCGUGAUCUGGACCUCGCACGGGCUUCUCCUUCUGAGCGUCACCAGUUCCGAUGCGGGCGUGUACGUGUGCCAGACGGUUGAACACGGCUACGUGCACACGUUGCUGCGCGUCACUCUGCACGUGCUCAGCGGGAAAGCGUUGGCGUCCGCCAUCAGGCCUAACGACAAAAGCGGAGCCCCCUGCCAGUCGCAUGUCAACCCCGUGGCGAGCCCCAGUUUCAGACCCAGGACUCUGGUCCCAGCUUCCCUGCCGGGCCCACACUCCAGGCAGUGGUACAAAGAGUUCCUCCAGCUGAUUGAUUACAGGGACGCCCAGCGAGUGGAAGAGUAUUGUGAGAAGGUGUGGUGCCCAGAUAAGAAACGCAAAAAGAACAAAAAGAAGUUUAUCCCCCCAAGUGGUGUGAAAAAAGGUAAAGCCAGGGCGGCUGAGGGUAGUCAUCGAGCCCCCAGGCACACUCUUGACACCUGAGAAGCACACUCACUCACAUUUGUUCUUUAGAGAAUUUAGUACCAAAAAAAACCCUAACAUUGUAAAUAAUACAAAUGAUCACACCUUGGAUUGUUUGACAGUUCAUCACAAGCACACACAGACAAUUUCGCAUUCACAACCUAUGCAUAUUUUAGAGUCGUCAGUGAACCAAAUGCGCAUGUUUUUUUGGAGUGUGGGAGGAAAAUAGAGUUCCGGGAGAAUGCGACAUGCAAUCACCGGAGAACAAACCACGAUUUUAAUUUGAGCCUGUUUCAGUGUUGUCCAGAGUAGUUACAUCCAAUUCAUCAAGCCAUCAGUUUUCUUUAGUGUUUGUUCGUAUUUAGGUGAGCGAGUGCCUGACUUUGGGACAAGAGGUGGAUCACACCCUUGAUUGGUCGCCUGCCAAUCUCAGGGCACAGUUGGACAUAUUCACACUUCCAUUCAGUUUUAACUUAACAUGCACGUAUUUGGAAAGAAAAAUGGUAUAUCCCAGGCAAGCAAACGCCUAAUUGAAAGAUCCGAGAAUCAAACCCGGAAGCUUUUGAUUGUGAAGCGAAUAUGAUAACCACAUUAUUUACCAUGCUGACAAUUUUAAGUCAACUGUUUUGGCAUUAGAGCAUUUAAUCACAAAAACCCAUCAUAUUUGCGGAACAUAACAUAUCCAGUUCCCGUGUUUCUCCUACUAAAUUCCAAUGUGAGAUGUUAACAUAUUGACAUUUACUGUAGUUUGGUUGUCAGACUGACUUUGAAAAGACAAAGCGAUCAUCUGUCACAGACGGGUUGUGUGCGGGUCAGUCGUGUGAAAAAUGAGGUCCUCCCCUCUCAGAGGCAAGGGGGCGCCGGGCAAUUAGGUGACAGGGACAGUGAUCCGCGAAGACAAGACACACUGUAAAUACAAGAUCCCGUGGACUGACCCCGGCGUCAAUCCCAAUGCACUCUGCCGUCUCUUUACAACUGUACUAGUGCUCUGAACGCACUGCAUGUGUAUCUCACUGUAUCUGUCAUGACAGAAAUAAAACAGCUCUGGUAAAAAUUAAGAGACCAAAAUAACAUCAAAGUUGAACGUUUUGGCAACAAUUCCUAAAGGUAUUGGAUGUUUGGUGCAAACACAACCCUGUGAUCACUCCAAAAACUAGAAUGGAACAUUCAGCUGGCAGCAGUUUGGGGGCUGAUUCUGAAAAUAUGUGCGUAGAUUUUAACAUUGACUGUACAUAUCAAGAGCAAAAUCUGACAGAUCAUUUUGAAGUGGUCUCUGUUUUUUUUCCAGAGUUGUGUGUGUUAUAAGUAAAUCUCUUCUAAUAUUGUUGUUAUUAAUAUUACUACGCUGACAUAUGAUGAUAAUUUAUUCUGUUUCUGGGUUAUGUAGUUUUUAGACAAACAUAAACUGGAAAAAUGUAAUGCUGUUGUUAGUAUGUUUGUUUGUGUUAUGAACAUUUCAUUGUACAGUUAAAUGAAACAAAACCACUAUACUGUACCAGAAACUUGCUUUUUUGUAUUCUAAUCAAGAUCUAAAUGAGAAUAAAAGAAAAAUUAAGCCCUUGAAGAAGCUAAAUAAAUGUUAAGUGUCGUAUUA